AAAAUACAAGAAAAAUGUUAACACAAUUACCUUAAACCCUCUACCCUAAACUCCCGUUUACCCAGCCGGCGAGCGUUUGGGUCUUCACAUUCUCCGCCUCCGCCUCCUCCUACUACCCACCUGCCGACGUUCGCCUCUGCAUCUUCGCCGCCAACUGUCGAUUUCACGUUCCAGCCGCUCCUUCCUAUUACCAGCCACUGCACCCCAUCCCGCCGCUUGCCGUUCUUGCCCGCCGCCGUCUCAGCGGCUGUCACACACGCUGCAGCCUCGUCUUUUUCCGAUACCAAGGUUGUAUUAUUUGUUUCAUUUGGGAAGGAUUAAUCAACCAACAAAUUUCAAUGGCGGACAAUAAAGCUUCUCAAGAUCUAAGGAAACACGCGUUGGAGGCAUUGGAGCGGAGAUGUGCUGCCGCUAAAGUCGAACUUCUUCAACAACAGAAGAUUAGUUCUACAGAGAAAUCAAAGAAAGAAGUCGAGGGAAAAUCGGCUUUGAACAAUUCCACUUCAGUUGUUUCAAGAAAUCAGUAUAAUUCUUCAAUUCCUUUGCCCUCUGAAGGGAAACCCCCAUACAAAGAUGUGAAUGAAAGUGAUCCCAUAUAUUUCACCCUCUCAGCUGCUGUGAAUGAUAAAUUGAUGGCUACAAGUAUGGAUGUUUCAAAUAAUAGAGGAAGAGUAAUUGACAGGAUUUAUCACAAGUUAAAAACCAGUGGUUACGUUAAGCGGUCUAAAGAAUUGAAAGUUGAUGCUUAUAUCCUUCUUGAUAAUUUCGUUCCAAAACGUGCUGGAAUGAUUGGCUCUCGUAUGAGAGCUUUGCGGAGCAAUUCAAAACGAUCCAAAAGGCAUAUGUCCAUGAAGCAGCAUAAAAAGUGUGGAACACUUGAUUUGCCUUCUGAUUGCCGCAAGUUUGAAAUCUUUUUGCCAAUGCAUGAUAUGUGGAAGAGCUACAUGAAACAACGGUUGCACAAUGUUGGGCCAGAUGCUUUAGCUCGUAAUCUUCUCAUUGCAGAUCUUCACGGUGCCAUGAUCCGAGUUGUCGAGUGUAUAAUACCUGCUUUUACUGGAACAAGUGGCGUCAUGAUACGAGAAACUGCAGAAACUUUUGGAAUCGUGACGAAAGAUGAUAAGUUUCGAGUUGUGCCAAAGAAGUCUUCUGUGUUUAUUUUCCAAUGGGAUUGCUGGAAAGUUACAUUGCUAGGAGAUAAACUCAGUUCAAGAAUUCCGAGUUUGCCAUCUACUAAUUGAUUCCAUUAAAUGAUUUACAUGAACAACAAUCUUUGCUAUAAUAUUAACACCGUACAGGUGUAAAUUCUCUAGGAUUAAAUUACUCUGAAUAUCGAAAUUGUUAUGUGGUUGUAGGGAAACCCCUCGAGCCUGUAGAUAAAUGAGUUAAUAGAGUAAGGUGUAAGAAUUGAGAAAGUUGAAUUGGGAAUUAAGUAUAUUGUUCCCCUACUCUUAAAAUUACAAAUUUAUGUUUUGUUUUGUUUUUU